CGCCCAUUAAAAUGAACCUCCCAUUGAAAGUGUGGAACUAUCAUCCACGUUUUGAAAAUAUGAAGAAAAUUUUUAUACAUCAAAAUUUCUAAGAUGAUUCGUGAAUCGGAAGUACUUUUACGUUCAAACCACGAUGCUGUAAUCUAAUUCUUCAGCGCAGCUACGACAAGGAGGACACCUCAGAAACCAGAAACUUGGCGCCUGCGCAAUAUUGUACGAGAGGCCGAACAGGAAAUAAUAUGGAUCGGCUUCGCAUCUCUCGCCAGUAUAGUUCAUUGCAUUUCGCCCAUUGAAAAAAGCGACGUCCCGUCGCCCAUGUGUAUUCUGUGUUUUCUAUAACACGACAUGAAGUUACGCGUUUUCGUCCCUUCCUACGAAUGAACUGUUCGUACCCCAGGAAAUGCCCCUCCCCUCCACUGUCCAAGUCCUUCACGGGGUCAUUUGGUUUACCGGCCGGCAAUGCUGACGAAUGUUUUGUGAGAUAACGCUCGCUUUAUAAUGGUUAUUAUUAAGUGGUAUUCAUUCAUAUUUAGCAUACAGAGCGAGACUACUUUCAGCUAAGUGGUUUUGGUUAAAUGGGUAUGCCACAAACUAGUCUGUUGGCUCUUGCGAAUACUAAAGUUAGUGAAAUUCCGGGGAAGCUAAAUUAACUACCUGGUUAGGCAGCUAAUCGAAAAACUGGUUUGAGCUACUCAACUACACUUUAAUCGGACGCAUCGGUGUUUGUCUAACGUUUGUAUUAGUCAUGCUUCGACAUAGUUUACACAUUACAAGGGCACUCUGUCGGUUCAUGGCCUGUAAAUUAUCGACUGGCCUCUACAGAAACAUCUUGAAAACUAAGCAUCCCACCGGCGACAUGCGGUGCACUCGGUCAUGCCUCCAGAGUAUUCGGGGAGUUACGGUGGCGCCACGGCCUUUCUCCUCCUCACAGCCGCGUGACUACAGUUUACCAAACACUUCCUGGAGCUCAGAAAUGCUGAGAUUAUAUGAACAUUACAACAUCAUGUGUGAAGUGGAAACAGAGCGAGGUGACAAGAUCAAGGGACAAUGGUCGAGAUUGCCCAGCUAUAACCGUUUUCUGAAGUAUGCCCCUGGGGGGCAGUAUCUCAGCAAGCUCCUGCUGGCCAAGGCCCGGCUCUUCACCCGGAAUAUUGAGGAGCAGGGGGCAGGGUUUGAGUAUGUUGUCUUUGAAAACAAGCAGGAGAAGACGUGCGUCUGUGUGUUCCAGGCAGGACAUCUGCUGGAGGGUCCCCCGGGGCAUGUCCACGGAGGGGCAAUAGCUACCAUAAUAGACUCUGUGACGGGUACCCAUGCCACGUGCCAUUCUGGACCUGCCAUGACUGCCAACCUCACCAUCAAUUACCGCAGCCCUAUCCCCUUGGGAAGUGUGGUGCUGGUUCACUCUUCUCUGGAUAAAAUAGAGGGGCGGAAGAUAUUCAUCUCCUGUCAGGUGACCAGCUCAGAUGGCUCCAAGCUGCACACAGAGGCCACAGCCUUAUUCAUUCGGUUAUUUGAGACAACCUACUGAGACACAACAUGCCUGGUUUGUGGACAGUGAUGGCCAUAGUCAGGAUAGAGUAAUAGCAUUUGUGCUGGUCAAAAACCUGUGGUCAGUGCAGGUGAAUUUGAAUGCACAAUCUUUUUAUUAAUGAACAAGCAACAGGUUUACCUCUGCCAGUCGCACGAAGCACCUGGUGUCUCCAUAUUCGCACUGAGUAAUCCCUGAUUCUUAAUGGAUUGACUCCAAUGUCUCUGUUACAGACUCCUAUCGUGUUUUCAGUUCUUGCUUGUUUUACAUUUACUAGACAUCAAAGGUGUAUUCUGUAGCUUCUGGUGCAUAUUCAUUGCCAAUGUUUUAAAGUAUUUUAUAGUUUGUUGUGACUACUGUAUCUACAUACGUAAUUUAUUACUAUUAAGUUAUGGAUAUUAUUGGUUUGGUAGGGACUUUUUAAAGAUUUUUUUAAACUAACAAAAAUGUGAAUCGUGGUGAAGGAUAAUAAUGACUGAUGUAUAGGACCAUUUUUAAUAGUUUGGGCAUUUUUCUACACUUUAUAUAUAUGAAAAGUGCUUGGUUGUUUUCUGAAUUUUCUUAGUUUUCUUGUGAUUGCAUGGUGAAGGAAAAACAAUAAAACUCUAGAAAUGAACAGUGGUGUACUGCAAUAUGUAUUGCCCAUUUAUUGCCUUGUUUCAAGUUUUGCUAAAUUGUUUAUGAUCAUUGGCUGCUGCUAGUAAAUCGCAUUGAUCUGAACACCAA